GCACUCCAUGAUGUUCAAGGUUUCAGCGUACAGGUUGGACCAUCGACAAGUCAACGUUUAAAGACGGACACGUCUCGAAACUCGGUGACAGUGAGGCAGGGUUAAAAAUUAUAGUGAUGUACGAUAAACAUCGACGAAAUGGGAUUACUAUAUGCGUGGGUCGUGAUAUUGCAAUUAUUUUUGGAGAGUGAUCCGUGAGAAAUGUGAAAAUAAUUGUGUCAGACAUUUGUAAACAGACGUGCACGAGGGUCUUGUUGAAAAUGUUCGUUGGAAAUUCUGAAGGUUAAUUUUGUGACUCAACAAUUCCGAGUGUUAUAUUUUAAAGAAUGAAGAAAGUUAAUAACUCGGAAGAUUUAAAAGACGAUUCGCAUGAGUUGCAAAAGAAGAAAUCCUUGGGAGAUGCUGUUACUGAUCAGAUGGUCCCCAUUCCGGAAAAUAGACUUCUCCGCAAAGAAUGCGAAGAUAUUGAAAGUAAUAAUGAAAAGAAUAAUGACGUUUCUACAGGAAUUAAAGACAGUAACAAAGUUGUUGAGGUUCAUGAUCCACUAUUUGCCAGUAGUAUGUAUGAAGAUGUAAAUUCACCUGAAGACUUUGAUGAUUAUGAUGAUAAUGAUGAUGAUGAAACAUUACAAGAAAACUGUAGUGCAAGAAAGACUACUCUGGAUACUUGUAAUGCUGUAGAGAACAUGCAAGAGAAUGACGACAUAGUGGAAAGUAUACAAAAAUGUUAUGAUGCAGGUGAAAUUGCACAAAAUUGUUUCAGUUCAGAAGAGCAGUCACAGAAUUCAUUUGAUGCUGAAGAAGAUGUGUUGAAUUGUUUUGAUUCAAGUGAGCCUAUUCAGGAUUCUCUUGAAGCAGAGCUUUCACAAGGUUGUUUUGAUGCCGAAGAGACUGCGCAUGAUAGUUUCAGUGCAGAGAAGACUACCCAAGAAUGUUCAGAUCCUGAAGGGGUUGUAAAAGAUAGUUUUGAUGAAUCUGUGCCAGAGGAAGGAUGUUGUGAUGCUUCAGAAACUGUGGAGGACUCAAAUGUGGGUUAUGAAGAAGACAAUUUUGUUAUUCAAGAAACAUUUGAGGUUGGGGAGGCAUCUAUCAGAUAUAAUCAAGAUAGCUGUUCAGAAAAUUAUACGACAGAGAAUGUUGAGGAACCCUUUGUGUCUGAAGACUCUUCCUCGCCUCUUCCAGAUAACGAUUUGACUUGUCAGGAAAUGAGUCCAGUGGUGGGAGCAGUUCCCACAGUUGGAUCUGUUGUUUCUGUGGAAGAUGACAUUGACGGAGAUGCAGAUGAGCAAGCAGAAACAGAAGAAGAGGAAGAAGGGAAUACUGAAGUUAUUCAGUAUACAUUUAAUACUGAGGAAAGAGGAAUAAAUGAUUCUGUAAAACCUGGGGAGAAUUUUGUCCAAGCACCAGAAGAAAAAGGUAUUGUGCCCGAAGUGGAGGAUGUUACUUGUGAUAGUGGAGGGGAAACAGUUUUAGUCAUGAAUCAUAAAGUAUGCUCUGAAGAAUGUGAUGUUAGUAAACCAAAUGUAUGCACCGAAGAGGAAAUAAUGUACACAGAUCAUUUAAAUAGUGUCCAAAGUGUUGAUGAAAUGAUUUUUCAUAAACGAAGUACUGUUAUUGAUACAGGAAAUAUGUGUGCCUCUUUGCAUGUAAGUGACAGCAGUGCUAUGAAAAGUAGGGAUAAUAGUCUUGUGUGUGAGUUGCCUCAAAGAGAGGCAGCAGUUGUGAGGUAUUGUGAAGAUUAUGGUGCAAUGGAUGUAAGUCCUGUGUUCCCAAAAAGAGUUUGUAAUUCUGUUUGUAUUUCACCUAUUCCACAGCCUCCUGUCAGAGAAUUGUAUGUGUAUGAUCCAUCAGCUCACAACAUGACGUUUUGUAGGAACAACACCAUAAUUGAUGCGAGGUCCCUUCCAGUGAACCCCAACGUGAAUGGUUUGGAUACUUAUUCAUUCCAUCAGAUUCCAGUUGAAUCUUCAUCCGGUGUUAAAAAUAUUAAUGAUACUUAUGUACAUACGAAUUCUGGUUUUUGUCCAGUACUCCAAGAGUCAAGAUUUGAAUUUGAGAAUAGAGACGUGAAACCAACAAAAAAGCUGCCAACUGAAGAGGAUUUUAUGAGGAGGAUUGAAAAAACUUUAUUUGAAUCCAAAAUUGAAACAAAAAUUGAUGAUGCUAUAGAUUCAAAAUAUAAGGCUGAAUUAGAUUUAUCAUUGCCUCUUAAGAAACGUUUGAGAACUUUAGCAGCAAUGUCUAGUAUAUCUUGUACUCCUGAGAAAUUUGUCACUCCGAAAGAAGAAAGUUUUCCCUCGUAUCCUGUGAAACCCAUGAUAAGUAUCGCAGAAUUAGAGUUUACUGAGGGUUUAAUCCCCAAACCAGGAAAAACAUACCAAGGCAAUUACAAGUGAUCAUGUUAACAAAUAUUUAUUGUGAUUGUUAUUUUUUCCUGGAAGGAAGAGAAAGUAUUAUGGCAAAUUGUUUAUAGUAAAUGUUCCACCAUAAUGAUAAUAAUAAUGUGAAAUGCAGAAAACAGAAUGUCGGAAUAGAAUGUUACCUCACUGGAGUGAAGAGUUUAUUCAUUCAGCUUGUGCUGUAGUACACCAUGCCAUUCUUUCCAAGAAUACAGCAUGGCAAUUACACAGGAUAGUAAGGAAUAACUAUUGUUGUCUUCAUCUGUCAGCCAAGAAUCAAUGUAUAAAAAUGUUCAGAGAAAUUGCUGUGCCAUUCAUAUGGAUAUAUUUGUUUUCCCUGAACUUAUGUUAAAUAAAUUCAGUUUCUAUUAUGAAGAAUAUUUAUCAUCUUGGAUACAAGAAAAUCAGUUGCAGUAUUCCUUUUACAUAUGUUAUCCUUAGAAUUAAUCUUCUGAAUGUGAUGACAAGUGUACCUUGAUUGAAUGUUUGAUGUAUAAUAUUGUUCUUUAAGUGGAGAUGAUAUUAGUCAUGCUAAGAAAAAUUCAAGAAAAGCAGUUAAAAAAAUUGAUAUUUUUGUAAGUACAGAGAAGUAUAUUUCAUGUAUCAUAAAUUUUGACAGUAUAAAAAAUAGUUUCAAAUACACAUUAUUCAGUGCAAGUUUAACAAUGUCGAUAAUAUCCAUGUUUGUAACAGAAUUUGUAGAAAAUGAGGAGUAGAUUUCCUUUCCUUUGUUAACUGUAAUGACAGAGAAAAGUUAUUUUGGAACUCAUUAACGUAAUAGUCAUGCUUGGUUCAUUUACGUUUUCUUCAUCAAAACUUCUUUUUCAUAUUUU